AUGCAGAGGUACGACUUGCUUGGCACCAGGCUGCGCUACAGGCUGACUCUGGCCUCGGGGAUCCUGGAGUGUUUGUGCUUUGCCGGCGUGGUGUUUGGUUACGCCUCUCUGGUGUUUGUGCUGAAGAAGGAUGGCUACUUCAGUCAGCUGUGUGUCAGCAUCCCAGUUACCAACAGCACCCUGACCAGUGCAGACUGUAGUAAACAGGAUGAGCAGUUCUCUCUGGUCUUCACCAUCGCCUCGUUCCUCAACAAUUUCCUGAACCUGGUCAAUGGCUACGUGUUUGAUCGAUUUGGCACUAUGGUAACCAGGCUGCUGGGAAUCAAAUCGAGAUUAAAUAAAAAGCAAAAGCAAGCGAAAGUAAAAAAGAUGCUCAACCGGCUGGCCAACAACGACCCUGGCCUGGUGAGUCAGUACACCAAUGCUUUCGCCAUGACCCAGCUGUGUGGAAUACUGUGUGCUCCCUUGAACGGACUCAUCAUGGACAGACACAAGGGAAAGCCUUUAGCUCCUGGAGAAACCGCGCAGGAGGCUGACCUGCACUCCUCCUCUCUGUCUUUGUUCCUGACCUCCCUGCAGUGCCUGCUGUUCUCUGUGUGCGCCUCCAUCCCUCUCCUCCCUCUGCAGUACUUAACCUUUGCUUUACAAGUCCUCAAUCGCUCCUUCCUCUAUGGGGGAAACGCAGCAUUCAUUAGCAUUGCCUUUCCAGCCUGUCACUUCGGGAAGCUGUACGGUCUGGUGACGUCCAUGUCUGCUUUGUUCUCUCUGCUGCAGUACCCCUGCUUCACCCUCGUCAAAGGAGCUCUCGGUGGAGACCCCUUCUUUGUGGACAUUGCUCUGAUUUUCGUCAGUCUGCUGGGGUUUAUCCAUCCUGUCUACAUCUUUAUACACUGCAGGACAGUAGCCCGCGACCAACAGAACAAUGCCUUGGACAUCGCUAACGGCUCCAAAACAGCCGAAGUAAAGUUAUAG